UGCCCGCACUCAAGCAACCAGUCUUUGCUAGCUAGCAGCUUCCUUUCGCCUACUCAUGACGUCCCGAACGCAAGGGCAACCACCACUGCCGACGCCGUCGGCUCAGACUUACCGGCGCCACCGUGGGGCCUCCUACUCGUCGUCUUCCUCCUCCUCGUCGUCUUUCUCCACGGUCUCCUCUGCUGCAUCCUCGCCGUCACCCUCCCCGCGCACCACCUCCGUCCCCUUCUCCUGGGAGCACCACCCGGGCAUCCCCAAGAACCACACCUUCCUCCGCGGCGCCGCCAACCCUGCCGCCUCUCAGCCCACGCCGCUCCCGCUCCCGCCGCCACUCCGCGCGCGGCCCUCUCGCCGCAGGGCCAACAGGCCGGCCACAGGCGCUCCUGGCAUCAUCGACCCCUUCGCCGCCGCGCUGGCAGAGUGUACCAAGGAGCGCGCCAACGCCAUCGACAUCGACGCGCUGUUCCCUCCUACGCCGGAGUCAGUCGUCCGCAGCGCGCCCCGGCGGUGGUCCAUUACCGCCGGCGGGAUGGUCGGGUUGUUGGACCUGUACGGGUGCAAGAGCGCCAUGGGCGUCGCCGAGGGCGCCUUCGUCAUGCGCCGGCCAGUGGCGGUCGUCGGACGCGCGGGACAGGGCCGUACGGGCCGGCCCGGGAGAAGAUAAGGGCCGUUCCGAGGUCCAUCAAUUAGUGGGUGGGCUCUACCAGCCAGGUUCCACCCGAAUCUCGGGAGCCAACAAUGUGGCUCCGCUGGGAGCAUUGCUGCUCCGACCUCAACCCAAGUCCAGGGUACGCUGUCGGAGCAGCGGCUACCUCCUAGCAACCUCAACAGGCGUACAAGCGUGUAGUCUUCAGCUGCCCGCCAUC